UGGGCUGCCUUAGCGGCUGGGGCCUCCACGCUGCUGUCUCCUCUGAUCCUCCCCACGGGGCUGCGAAGCCGGCAGGGCUGGGGCCAAGAGCCCCCACUCCGAGAGGGUGCCAAGUCACGGUCCAGGGGGCCUCUGCAGGGUGGGGACCUGGGGGCUGGGGGGGCGAUGGCCUCGGGCCUGGGUGAAAAGGGCAAUGCCAGGCCUGCCUGGGCAGCCAGGAGGGCCCCAAGCCCCCACGGGUCUGAGAGGCUCCCAAUGCAGGUGGUGCCAUUCUCCUUAGGUUGAAGGAUGUGUUCCAAGUCGCCCGGCGAGGGGACUGCAGCAGGGCGUUCUGGGCAGGCGGGAGGGGCCCAGAGGCACGUGCGGCAUGCCCCUCACUCCCGGUCCUGCUCCCCAGGCAGGAAGAUAGCAUCACGCAGGGAGGGGGCAGCCCCCAGCCCUCGGCCGCUGUGGCAGGGCCCAGAAGGCCACAUCUGGAGGUCCAGGCCUCACCCCAGAAGCCAGGCUUGCAGAAGGGGGUCAGGCCUGGGCUGAAGUGGGAAACCCAUUGCAGGGGCUGAGCCGGGGAGCUGGCCCCGCAGGGAGAGGCUGUGGCUGUCGCCAGCAAGCAGCCAUGUUGGUGGACUGGACGCUGACCUCGGGUGAGAUGGGCUGAGGCGAGGUGUGGAUACUGGCAGCGACCCCUCAGCUGACCCGAGCUGUGUGCCCCGCUGAGGCCACAGGCAAAGCCAGACACACUGUCCUCAGGCUCCUUACGAGAACGACAGAGGCAUCUCCAGCACGUCACCGAGCCCUAAAUAGAGUAGCCCAGCCACGGCACCCCCCACCAAGACUUCUUGGACUGGGCGGCAGCACGCGGCCAGGCCAGGCGGCCGGACAGGUGGGGAGGUCUCUGUGGCUCUCCGCGCCCCCAUUGGUCUGAGGAGGACUCUAUGCCCUUUCUGAGCAGGGGCCCAGCCUGGGGGAGGCCAUUUAUACCCCUCCCCCUGGGCCCACCAGCCCAACUCACCACUGCCGGCCUGACCUCGCUCCCAGCCCUGCUGCCCAGAUUCUAGGCUCCAAGCUCAGGACCUCAGGAUGGGAGAGUAAGUGGUACCCCUGUACCCCCAUACAGUGACCCUGCCCACCUCCUGCCCUGUCCACCCCAUCACACACUCCGACCCCGCCAGCCAUGGCCCUAACCUCUGUCUUCUCUCCCCGUCCUGCCUGCGUGCUCCCUCCCUGGACAGUGAGGAGGUAAGUAGUUGCUGGGGGCUCAAAACAUGACGAGGAGGGGGCCCCCCCAACUCAGCAUAGGUCAUAGGUCACAGCCUCAAGGCCCUAAGGCCCAGGGAAGAUGGCCCAGCCCUCCCCGCUGGCAAAAGUGCCCCACCCACCCACCAAGACGCUGCUGAAAGAGAGGAAGUGGCUGCCCCGAGCCUUCUGGGGCAGGGGAAGUGUGGCUGUGGCCUGGUCACAGGAGAAUCACUUCUUCUUUCUGAUUCCUGCACUUCCCGCCCCCACCUCACCGGCCAACCUGCCCCCAACUGGCCCUGUGGCCCGGACUCCUCUCCCCCAGCCUCUGGCCUCCCAGCAUCCUGUGCCACCUGGCAAAGUGUCACACACCACACAGCACCAUGUCCCAGUGCAAGGUCUGGGGCCAGGGAGGCCCAGCCUGCCCAUCAUGGCCUCAGGAGCCCCCAGGCUCUGCUGGUCCCGGAGCCAGAGCCCCUGACCUGGCCAGGGACCGUGGAAAGGGGUGGGGGUGCUCCAGGCCUGGAGGCCCUGACUCAACCCCCUGUCCCUCGCCCUGCAGAAGCGGAACAGGGCCAUCACGGCCCGCAGGCAGCACCUGAAGAGCGUGAUGCUGCAGAUAGCGGCCACAGAGCAGGAGAAGGAGAAGAGCCGACGUGAGGCGGAGAAGCAGAACUACCUGUCGGAGCACUGCCCGCCGCUGCAUAUCCCGGGCUCCAUGUCUGAAGUGCAGGAGCUCUGCAAACAGCUGCACGCCAAGAUCGACGCGGCUGAAGAGGAGAAGUACGACAUGGAGGUGAGGGUGCAGAAGACCAGCAAGGAGCUGGAGGACAUGAACCAGAAGCUAUUUGAUCUGCGGGGCAAGUUCAAGCGGCCCCCACUGCGGAGGGUGCGCAUGUCGGCCGACGCCAUGCUCAAGGCCCUGCUGGGCUCAAAGCACAAGGUGUGCAUGGACCUGAGGGCCAACCUGAAGCAGGUCAAGAAGGAGGACACAGAGAAGGAGCGGGACCUGCGAGGCGUGGGUGACUGGAGGAAGAACAUCGAGGAGAAGUCUGGCAUGGAGGGCCGGAAGAAGAUGUUUGAGUCCGAGUCCUAGGCCACUCGCUGCCCCUAUGCCUGCCCCGGUGCCCGGCUCCCAGCAGAACAUACUAGGGAGAUGCACCCAGAGCCUGCCAGGGAGGGCUGGCCUCACCACCACCGUCAAUAAAGGAUUUGAAUCCCCA